AUGAUUAUAGUUGAGUUCCCACAAAGUUCCGAGGGAAGUUUGAGACCUCCACAUGCAAAGAUUGAGAUUGAUGAUGCGAAAACAUCACACGAGUUUCAUUCUAAAUUAAUUGAAAUUUUAAAUGUGUGUCAAUUAUACCUUGAAAGUUUGAAACGAUGCAAAGUUCCGCCCGCUGAAAUUAAGAUUGCAUUGGACAUAACCCGAAAAUACGUAAAACGUUGUUUAGUAGAAAUUGAUGGCACUGACCUAUUCUACGAUUUUUUGAAGAAAGGUUCAGAAAUUCCUACAUUGGAAAGUUUAAUUGAGUAUUAG